CUUCCAGGUUGGGUCGGACCUGAUCCCGGAGAAGCGGCGCCGCCUCCCGCCCUCGCGCCCGCCGGGAGCUGAGUCGCCGGCGGCGGCGGUGGCGGUGCACCCGGGAGUUUACUCUCGCGCUGGAUGGAGCUGAACUUUGGGCGGCGGGAGCAGCGCGGCCGUCCGAGCAUCGCUGCCUGCUGAGCUGCCCGGCGAGACCUCGCGGCGGCUUGUGAUUUGGGGAGGGCGGGGGACGAGCUGCGCGCCGGCACCAUGUUCCUGGCGACCCUGUGCUUCGCGCUGCCGCUCCUGGACGUACUCCUGUCGGCGGAGGUGAGCGGCGGAGACCGCCUGGACUGCGUGAAAGCCAGCGACCAGUGUCUGAAGGAGCAGAGCUGCAGCACCAAGUACCGCACGCUGAGGCAGUGCGUGGCGGGCAAGGAGACCAACUUCAGCCUGGCGUCGGGCCUCGAGGCCAAGGACGAGUGCCGCAGCGCCAUGGAGGCCCUGAAGCAGAAGUCACUCUACAACUGUCGCUGCAAGCGGGGCAUGAAGAAAGAGAAGAACUGUCUGCGAAUCUACUGGAGCAUGUACCAGAGCCUGCAGGGAAACGACCUGCUUGAAGAUUCUCCGUAUGAACCUGUUAACAGCAGAUUGUCCGAUAUAUUCCGGGUGGUCCCAUUCAUACCAGUGGAACACAUACCUAAGGGGAACAACUGCCUAGAUGCCGCCAAGGCCUGCAACCUGGAUGACACCUGCAAGAAGUACAGGUCUGCGUACAUCACCCCGUGCACCACCAGCAUGUCCAACGAAGUCUGCAACCGACGCAAGUGCCACAAGGCCCUCCGGCAGUUCUUCGACAAGGUUCCCGCCAAGCACAGCUACGGGAUGCUCUUCUGCUCUUGCCGGGACAUCGCCUGUACCGAGCGCAGGCGGCAGACCAUCGUGCCCGUGUGCUCCUAUGAGGAGAGAGAGAAGCCCAACUGUUUGAAUUUGCAGGACUCCUGCAAGACGAAUUACAUCUGCAGGUCUCGUCUUGCAGAUUUUUUUACCAACUGCCAGCCGGAGUCAAGGUCUGUCAGCAGCUGUCUGAAGGAAAACUACGCUGACUGCCUGCUCGCCUAUUCGGGGCUGAUUGGAACUGUCAUGACCCCCAACUACAUCGACUCCAACAGCCUCAGUGUGGCCCCGUGGUGCGACUGCAACAACAGUGGGAACGACCUCGAAGAGUGCAUAAAAUUUUUGAAUUUCUUCAAGGACAAUACAUGUCUUAAAAAUGCAAUUCAAGCCUUUGGCAAUGGCUCCGAUGUGACUGUGUGGCAGCCAGCCCUCCCGGUACAGACCACCACUGCCACCACCACCACAGCCUUCCGGAUCAAGAACAAGCCCCUGGGGCCAGCAGGGUCUGAGAAUGAGAUCCCCACUCAUGUGCUCCCACCUUGUGCAAAUUUGCAGGCACAGAAGCUGAAAUCCAAUGUCUCGGGCAGCACACACCUCUGUCUUUCUGAUCGUGAUUACGAAAAGGAUGGUCUCGCUGGUGCUUCUAGCCACAUAACCACAAAAUCAAUGGCUGCUCCUCCCAGCUGCAGUCUGAGUCCACUGCUGGUUCUGGUGGUAACAGCUCUGUCCACCCUAUUGUCUUUAUCUUUGGCAGAGAUAUCGUAGCUGCACUUCCAAGACAACAUGGACAUGUAAAAAGACAAAA